AUGGAAGAAAUUCUCGGGCAUAAAACUGUCGCAAGUUUGGAUAUUGUUAGCUUGAGAACGAAUGGACAGGAUCCAGGUGGUAACGUCGUUGACGAGCUAAUAGGGAUGGCGGCCUCCUCUCAAGAAGGUUUAUUGACAGGGUGUAAAAUAUCGGGGAAAUUGAAAGUUCUUCGUGGCCACGGUUCUGGCCGUGAACGUUCUUCCUUGUUUCCGAUGUUCUUGAGCGACGGUCGUCCUACGAUGGAGGAAUAG